AUGAGGAUGCAGGACAGGAUCAACGAGGAGCCUUCUCAGGGUGUGCAGCCUGGUGACCCUUCGCUACUUCGCGGGGAGGACGAGGAUGACGAUGACUCGGAUGAGGGCUCAGAUAUAUCGGGAGAGUACGUGGCGAGCAUCGACGAGGCCUCGAUUCUCGAUGUUGUGGAAAACAACCCCAUCACCGCCUCGCCUACGCGGCAAGUGGUGGGCACGCCCCCGAGGAACUUUAUGAGGCAGUCUACGAUCCGCAACUCGGCGCACCCGCCUCUGUCCGUCUUCAACGCGCUGCCGCCUCCACGCCCGAUGAGUACCAUCCGGCCCCUCAGCGUCGUCCAGCCCCAGAGCCUGCUGUCCGCGGCGCUCAAGGCCAAGCGGUUCAAGUCGAGCGUGCCGUUUCAAAAGUUUGCUCACCUCAACGGGGAGGGGACGCAGGGCGCCAUCUCCGUCCGCAUCUACGCCGCCUUCUCCAAGACGCCCAGCAAGUAUCUGGAAGUGCUCAUCCGACCCCGCGUGCAGACCGGUCAGGGGGUGGAGAGGGCCGUCACCAUUGCCGACCUGAUCGGGCUGUCGCUGUACAAGUACAACGAGGAGAAGAGAGAACCGCCCAUUCCUCCGAAGAAGCGCAACAUCAAUUGGUUUACGCUGGUGAUGGUGGAAGAGGGCGGCGAGGUGGACGACGACUUCCCGCCGUUUGACAGGACAAAGCCCCUGACGUCGGCCACUACGGUCAACAAUGCUCACCUGAGGGGCGGCGGACGGACGAGGUCCAACUCGAAGGUGUACGACGAGUUUGCCAUUGUGGAAGCUACGGAGGCAGAAUACGAGGCCAACCAGAAGCAAACGCCGCAGGAAGACGAGGAGGAAGAGGAAGCGCAGCCAGCCCAAGACACGAUUACUGAAGAGGGCACCGCUGAGAGGAGCGAGAACGCGAGUGCCGGUGCCGGUGCCAAUGCCAGCGCCAUGCUCUCUCCGCCGUCCUCAGUACAUCCCCGUCCGAACCCGAUCCUGACGACUGCGUACCGGCCCAACGUGCUGUUGGCGGACGCUCCGCAGACGCGCACCAACGUGUCCAACGCAAUGCGGGGCCAGCAGAAGCUGCUGCGCAUCUACAUCAUGUCAUCGGAUGUGGCGGCAGACCAGAUGGUGACGCUUGACAUCACCACCGACAUGUACUUUGCCGAGGUGCUGGAUCAGGUGUGCCGCAAGAGACACCUCGACAAGGCGAACCAUGUCUUGAAGCUGCCGGGGUCGGGGGCCCUCGUCAUGCUGGACCGGCCGGUGUCGUCGAUUGGCAACGUGACGGACCUGGAGCUGUACCGCCGCCGAUUCGCGACGGACGGCCCGCUGGCCAUCACGGGCUCGCCGGGCACGUCGUCGCCCAAGACGGUGCCGGUGCUGGACGGGCCGCCGCCGCGAAAGGGGCACAAGAAGGGGGGCUACACGCCCGGGUCGCACCCGCUGGCGCGCGAGGUGAUGCAGCCGGACGAGCUGCCCAGUGCCAACUACAAGCGGUACACGGUCUGGCGCAAGCAGCCGAUGCGCAUCGUGGGCAUGAGCGAGCGGGUGUUGGUGAUUGACGGCGAGUACAUUCACAUUGUGCCGUCGUCGGGGGGCAAGGCGGUGCAAGAGGGGGGAAAGACGACGACGGUGCACUUUAGCAACGUAAUCGGGUGUAAGGUGCCUCGAAAGCAUCCCACCAACGUCAAG